AUGGUGAUCAUGCACGAUGGGAUUGGGGGAUCCAAACAAAUGUUGAGUCUCCCUCGUAUGAAACGAUUAGGGGUUCUUUCCAACGGAGACAAACGCGCUCGUCAGGUUACACGAGAUUGUCGCCUUGAUCUUACUUACACACACAAGACUUGA